CCUAUUCGUUUCAGACUUUCUGAUUACUUUUCUGUGUAGAAAAAACAGGAAGAGAAAGCCCCGGAUAGAGAAGCUAUAUUCCGGGCCACCGCCAACCUGCCCUCCUACAACAUGGACCGGGCCGAGGUCCAGACCAACAUCAGAGACUUCCAGACGGAACUCCGGAAGAUCCUGGUGUCUCUCAUCGAGGUGGCACAGAAGUUGUUAGCGCUGAACCCGGAUGCGGUCGAGCUGUUCAAGAAGGCGAACGCGAUGCUGGACGAAGAGGAGGACGGGCGAGUGGACGAGGCAGCCCUGCGGCAGCUCACGGAGAUGGGCUUCCCGGAGAGCAGGGCCGCCAAGGCCCUGCGGCUGAACCAAUGUGAGUUUUUAAAGACAAAUCCUGCACGCACAUCCCCGAGCAUGUCGGUGCCUCAGGCCAUGGAGUGGUUGAUCGAACACGCAGAAGACCCGACCAUCGACACGCCUCUUCCGGGCCAGGCCUCUCCGGGAGGGGCCGAGGCCGCCCCUGAGGCUGCCUCCGAGGCGGCCGGGACUAGCACCGGAGACGAGGAGCCCAGAGAUGAGCUAACGGAGAUCUUCAAGAAGAUCCGGAGGAAAAGGGAGUUCCGGGCCGAUGCUCGGGCCGUCGUUUCCCUGAUGGAGAUGGGGUUCGACGAGAAGGAAGUGAUAGACGCCCUCAGAGUGAACAACAACCAGCAGAACGCUGCCUGCGAGUGGCUGCUGGGAGACCGGAAGCCCUCCCCCGAGGAGCUGGACAAGGGCAUCGACCCCGACAGCCCCCUCUUUCAAGCCAUCCUGGAUAAUCCAGUGGUGCAGCUGGGCCUGACCAACCCUAAAACGUUACUAGCGUUUGAGGACAUGCUGGAAAACCCACUGAACAGCACCCAGUGGAUGAACGACCCGGAGACGGGGCCGGUCAUGCUGCAGAUCUCCAGGAUCUUCCAGACCCUGAACCGCGCGUAGGCGCAAGUGCGGCCGCUCCCCUGCACGGCUCCAGCGCCUGUCCGGGAGCCGGGGCGGCCCCAGCCACGGCCCUCUUCUACCCGCCAGCCUGCCAGCCAGCCGCGGAGGAGCGUGGAGGCCCCUCGGUGCCAGUGCCGCAGGCUGGGGGGGGAGGGGGAGGCUCGCCGGACCCCGCCCUCCGCACCCCACCCCGGGUCGUCAGGGCUCGGGGGCCCUUCUCCGGCUUUGACCUUCUGCUGAAACACUCGUGUGAUGGCAGCGUGCACGGCCGGCCGCAUCUCCAGCCUCCAACAGUGUUUACAGGCGUGGAUGCCCCGGGAGGGGUCCCCUCCCUCCACAGUGUCCCUCUGGGCUCUGGAGACGCUCUUUGACCCGACCCGCAGGCGCCGCUUGUCACUUGGAAGAAGGCAUGUUUCGACCCAAAGUGUGAAGUCAGUACUGACUUAUGUAGAGGAAAUCACAGAUGAUUUUUCUUUAAUAAAUAAAUUCCCUUUUUGCUAU